CUAUUAAUUUUUUAUAUUUAUUGUUAUCAAAUGACAUAAUUUUUUAUUAUUUCCCUUCAUGAUCUGUAUUAUUAAGAGAACAGUACCACCACUCUGUUCCAGCCAGCUGUUCUCGAUCGGAGUUGUAGACUGUGUUCAGAACUGGAGCAAGCUGCUUGUUCUUGAGCGAUUCUCAAUUCAAAAGAACAUGCUUUCUCCCUGUGGGUCUCAUUUUGGGAAGUUUUUUAAAGAUAUACCAGAACACUGUAAAAUAUAUUCCCUUUGUUCUGCCUGCCAACACAUGAAAAUAUGGUCUUCCUCUUUGAAGAGGGUGUUUUGAUAAUGGUCAUUGUUCUUUGAGCAGUUAAUACUACUCUAGCUUUCACAAGUUUUUCAAUCUUACUUUCAUGUAUUGCUAGAAAAAUGUAAUUGUGUAAGAACAUAACUUAUCUACUGGGUGAAGACAAAAGUCCUUUUAGCCCAAUAUCCUGUCUCUGAUGAAGGCAAAAAGCAAAUUCUUAGGAAGGAGUGUUAAAAUAGACAAGCAUAUUGUGUUACUUCCUUUGAUAAACCCUUCCACCCUCCAGCAACCUGUGGCUUAAACAUGUCCUGAAAAAUUGCAUCACUAUCUGUGUAUUUAAUAAUCCUUGCUAUACUUUUCUUCCAUUACUUUGUCUGACUGCUUUCUUGUUCCACAGUAUUUGUUUCUUCCAUAAUACUGUAUGACAGUGAUUUCCACCAUUUAAUUGCACACUUUGUAAAAAACAAUAUUACAGAUGCAAAUGUAGAAUUAAAUUUUCAUAGUGAUAAAUACAGUUAACACACCAGAUUCUUGUCCUGGUCAGUCGCACUUUAAUGCAAGAGUGUUAGCUGGGAGGGAUACAGUUAACUAAAUGCUUGUAUGUCUUUAGGUUUUAAUUUUUUCUACCAUAUCCAAUGAGUAGACUUUGUUAAAAAACAAACAAACAAACAAAAAAACCCAUUGCCUUCAGCUAUAUCUAACUUCUUUCUAUUUAAAAGAAUAUUUAGCUGGGGUGAACCUUAAAUUUCAGCGAAACGAGCCUUUCAACAUUUGCACAUAACAUCCUCAGCUGCUAUAUAGUGGAUAUCAGGUCUUUUAGCUUUACAGAGUUUAGGUCACAGUUGCUUAGAGUAUUGUUCUCAGUGAGGUAAUUAAACCAAAAUGCAUAUUUAUUGCUGACAUUUCUAGCUCAGGUUCAUUCUAAAACUUCCAGGUAAAUAGUUUUGCCUGGAGGCUUGUGAAGAUAUGUGCAGGCUGAGCUGUCUCAUAGACAUGGAGGGCUUAAAGAGGAGCCAAUAUACUGUUACACACCACACAACUUCACCCGCGAUCAAGCCUUGUAUGCCAGAGGAUAUUGUUGGACAGAAUUAAAAGAUGCCUUGCCAGGAGUUGAUGCCAGCCACUGGCCCUCCUUGUUUGAGCAUAAGUUCCUACCUUAUGCGCUGCUGGCUUUUGCUGGUAUAAUGUACAUUCCAGCUCUGGGCUGGGAAUUUCUGGCCUCCACCCGACUGACUUCAGAGCUUAAUUUUUUGCUUCAGGAGAUUGAUAACUGCUACCACCGUGCAGCUGAGGGGCGGGCACCAAAAAUAGAGAAACAGAUUCAGUCCAAAGGCCCGGGGAUCACUGAGAGAGAGAAGAGAGAGAUCAUUGAGAAUGCAGAGAAGGAAAAAAGCCCUGAACAGAACUUGUUUGAGAAAUACCUGGAAAGAAGAGGACGAAGUAACUUUUUAGCUAAGCUUUAUCUUGCGAGGCAUUUGUUCAUCAUCUUUUUAAGCAUCAUACCAAUUACAUACUUAUCCACCUACUAUGCUACGCAGAAGCAAAAUGAAUUUACAUGUGCACUAGGAGAGCCUCCAGACAAAACGAGCAGCUCCAAAUUGCACAUCAGAGUGAACUGUAAACUGCCAUCUGUCCAGCUCCAGCGGAUUAUUGCUGGUGUAGAUAUUGUUCUCCUCUGCUUCAUGAACUUGAUAAUCCUCAUCAACUUAAUUCACCUCUUCAUAUUUCGCAAGUCCAACUUCAUAUUUGAUAAACUGAACAAAGUUGGAAUAAAGACCAAGAAACAGUGGCAGAAGUCCCAGUUUUGUGACAUCAAUAUUUUGGCCAUGUUUUGUAAUGAAAAUCGGGACCACAUAAAAUCAUUGAACCGUCUGGAUUUUAUUACGAAUGAAAGUGAUCUGAUGUAUGACAACGUGGUACGCCAGCUGCUUGCAGCGUUGGCCCAGUCCAACCAUGAUGCCACUCCAACCAUGCGUGAUUCAGGGAUCCAAACGAUAGACCCAAGCGUUGAUCCAGCAGACAUUGAUGCUAAUGAGCAGCUCAUCAUUAAGAGACCAAGGAAGAAGAUGAAAUGGAUCCCAACUACCAAUCCCCUUCCUCAGCCAUUCAAGGAACAGUUAGCCAUUAUGAAGGUUGAAAACCAUAAACCUGAAAAACCGAAGCCUGUGCGGAGAAAAACAGCAACGGACAGCCUUAUAGCUCCUUUGUUAGAGUCUGCUGCAAAAACCUCACAGCAAUCGUCCGCUCAUAAAACUGAGCCAAACGCCAUCCCAAGCACAAGCAGUGAAAAAAAACACACACGACACUUUUCCUUGGAUGUUCAUCCGUAUAUACUUAGUAGCAAAAAACCCAAGCCAGAGAUUCAAGCCAUCCCCUCGAUGCCUACGUCAAAAAGCCAAGAGGGUGGAUUUUUAAACCAGGAAGAGAAUGUUGUAGUACACGUUACCUCCUCUCUCAAAGACACCUCUCAUCCUGCAAAAGAGAUCCUAUACUCAUCUGAGACAUGCAGAACUGUGCCUGCUGCUGGGGCUUUUGUCACAUGUAACCACAACCAUAUAGCCACGACUGCUGCUGCAACAAGUAUGACUUUGAACCAAGUCAAGCCGGACCCCACGCCUGCACUGAACUGCAACCCAGCCCACCCAUUGCUGCACAUCAACACACUGUACGAGGAUCACGAGGAGGACGUUUCAAACAUAAUGGACAAUGGUAUUCACUCCCCGACUGACACUGGGGAAAUUCUCUCCAUCCCAACCCCAAAGCAGAUAAGGUUGGCAACGUUUGAUGAACCAAUGGCAAUCGUGAGCUCGGUGGAGUACUGAAGACGCCGGGCUGCAGAGCUGUGCCCUCCUGGCCAGGCCCAAGACCACCGCAGUGCCGGCCGUGGUCCUCCCAAUGAUGCAAUUCACUGCAUGAGCAUGGAGAGUUUUCACACAGACUACAGCUUUUGGUAAUAACGCCAAACGGUUUUUCAGGAUCACAUCAUGAGCCCUGUCAGUCAUUUGCAAACUAGAAUAAAGAAAAUCUGGUGGAAUUAGACCUUUAACGCCAAGACAACCAUUAGCUCUAGCUCUAAACUAUAGCUUCCUGAUUUAAAUGGGGAUUAGCACAAUUUACGAACAUUAAGAGUCUGACGGCAUGCCACAGUAAUUUUAGUGAGUGUUUAAAUCCUUUGCAUUCAGAAUCACUGAUUAAAGUUAAAACAACAUGGAGGUGAGGUAUACUUUCUUAAUGGCAGCAGUUAAAUAAGAGUUUUUUUCUAAGCAGAGAGGGUUUUUUUCAAUUCAGGAUUAUGAAAAUGUUAUAUGCAAGCAAAAUUUUUGUUUGUUUGUUUCUUUAGCUCACUAAUGUUGGGCUUGAUGGAGACUUAGCUGAAAGGGCCUUACUACCACCAGCAUUUAAGUGCAAAAAGAUUGAUACACUUGAUCUCUUGCAUUUAUAAAUGAAAAUACCUGAGGUAUGCACUGCCCUUUAACAAGCUUAUAUGUUUGAUGGAAGAUGAUGAAAUGAAGAGUUUAUUUUUUUAAAUAUAUUUUACCAUGGGAAAAAUUACUUUAAUAACUUUUCAAACCAGGUGUUGCUUUUAACAAAAUGUGUAGAAGAGAGUCAUUGUAGCUGCUUAUUUUUUCAUAGUGUAUUUAUGAACCAGGUUAGAAACUUUCAUGGGUGCUUCACUGAUACGAAAAAUCUUAACGAAGGUCGUUACAAAAUACCUUACAAAAGAUGAAACCAGCAAAAUUGUUUUCAAAUAACACACGGUUAAAGAAGUCUAUGAAUUUAGGUCUGCAGACUUGCCUGGUCCUUGGUUCAGCAAACAUUUAAGGCCAUGGAUGGCACUGAACGACUCACAUGUCUAAAGCUAAGCACACACUGAAAUGGCUUUGCUGGAUCUGGGCUCUAGUGCAGGCAGACAAUAAUCCUGCAGUAUGUGCUAUCACUCCGAUUCAAUAUUUGCCUUUCUUGGCUCAAAGCACAUCUUCAUGCCCAUCUUCCUAUAACUACGGUAUGUGUGAUUUAAUAGAAAACUCUAGUAUAACUAAAACAUCUAUUAAAAGUGUAUCAUGCAAUAACCAUUCUCAGCAAAAUUAUAGUGAAACAAAAAGUGACUGUGUUAAAAUAAUAUCCUAGCUGCAUUCAGAAUUAUGGACUAUGUGUGUUUGCUUCAAAAUUAUGUAUAAUGGUAGAAGAAAUAUGCAGCACAAAUAUGGGACUGAAAUCUUGAAUUUAUUUUUAAUUUAUUACCUCAGACAUGGAUAUAUGAAACCAAUAUUUAAUGAAAAUAGCACUGAAAAUAAAUACCUAUUAUUCUGAAUAGUUUAAUGUGUACUACUUCCUAGCUUAGUUACGUACAGGUGGGAUUUUAUUAUAAGCAGUGGGCGGGAUGUAUAAAACCACCAUUUCUCCUUACGUUACUUCAGUUCUGCCCAACCUUUUUGGCCUGAACAGGCAAAUACAAAAAGGCAGCAAGGCAGAGGACACGUGCCGCAGACGGGAGGGGGCGCUGGGGACAGCUGAAGGACCUGGCUGUAACACCCCAAGGUCUCGGCAUGGAGCUGACGAGGCAGAUGGAGCUCGGGCCAGGGCAGCUGGGAGAUGCUGGCUGCAAUGGCUCCUGCUGGCUUGUCUCCUUCCAGCCCUGGGCAUGUCAGCAUUCCCCACAGCCCGCACGCCGGCAGAGCCGGGAUGGGCAGGGAUUUGAGCAGUUUAUACGCCACCUGUGGCUCCAGGGCCGUAGGCUAGUCACCCCUCUACUAACUCGCUCAAACACAAGCUGCAAGGUGUUCGGUAUCACCGGCUGCGUGACCGGUAAACUGGUGUGACUUUUUACAUAACAAAUCUGCACUUGUGUCAUCAGGGCUUCAUUCUGCCCCAGGUACGGGAGGAAGCUUUCUGCAGCGAGGCAGCCAUGGCAUGGAGCAUCACCUGUGACGGCACUGCAAGGAGGGUCUCUGCCCGGCCUGAUGGCAGCUGCCGUCCGUUCAGAGUCACCUGAAAGCAACGGCACAUCGAGACUCCAGACGUGAGCCGAAUGCCCCACUACAUCCCAGUCAC